AUGAAUGGAGCUGUAAAGGCCACCAUAAAGAACAUUAAGAAGAUUAUGAGGAAAAUGAUUGACAAUCACAGAGGUUGGCAUGAGAUGUUGUCAUAUGCUUUAUUGGGUUACAGAACGACCAUCAGAACGUCAAUCAGAGCUACUCCAUACUUGUUAGUAUAUGGAACAGAAGAAGUUAUACCAGCCGAAGUUGAAAUACCUUCAUUGAGAAUCAUCCAAGAAGCUGAAUUGAGCAAUGCUGAUUGGGUUCGCAAUCAGAUUGACCAGUUAACAUUGAUUGAUGAUAAGAGAGUGGUUGUUGAUGAGUACAAAGGGAAAUUCGCACCAAAUUGGCAAGGACCCUACAUGGUCCGCAAAGUGCUAUCUGUAGGUGCCUUAGUCCUGUCAAAGAUGGAUGGCACCGAAUGGCAAAAAAUGAUCAAUUCAGAUGUUGUCAAGAGAUAUUAUGUCUACAAGUUUGCCUCAAGAUCAUCAUAUUCCUCCAUUCAACGAACAUGGAGAAGUCAAAAAGGCAAGGAGCUCCCCGAAAUUGACAAUUUUUCUGUGGAUGCAGGAACAGUUUUAUGCUUCUAA